AUGAAGCUAAAGUUACCGAACCCCGGUUUGGACAGAAGGAUUCCUAGUCAUGGAGACCUGGAAAGGAUGGAGAAGGAAGAGGCUGGAGACAGGCCCAAGUGGGACAACAAGGCCCAGUACCUGCUCACCUGUGUGGGCUUCUGUGUGGGACUGGGGAAUGUUUGGAGAUUCCCCUACUUAUGCCAGAGUCAUGGAGGAGGUGCCUUUAUGAUCCCAUUCCUAAUUCUUUUGGUGCUGGAGGGAAUCCCACUGCUGUACCUGGAGUUUGCUAUUGGUCAGAGGCUCAGGAAGGGCAGUGUGGGGGUUUGGAGGUCAAUAAACCCUUAUCUUACAGGAGUAGGAAUUGCUUCUAUGUUGGUUUCUUUCUUGGUGGGAAUGUAUUACAAUACCAUCAUGGCCUGGAUCAUGUGGUACCUCUUCAACUCAUUCCAAAGCCCACUGCCUUGGAGUCAAUGUCCCCUUAAUGCAAACAGGACAGGUUUGAUUGAUGAGUGUGCCCGCAGCAGCACAGUGGACUACUUUUGGUACAGGGAGACUCUGAACACAGCCACAUCUAUUGAGGAAGCUGGGGACCUACAAUGGUGGAUGGUGUGUGCCCUGGUGGCUGCCUGGACAUUGCUGUAUGUCUGUACAAUCCGAGGAAUUGAGACCACGGGAAAGGCUGUGUACAUCACAUCCACUUUGCCCUAUCUGGUCCUAACCAUCUUCCUCAUCAGGGGUCUGACCCUUAAAGGCUCAGUGGAAGGGAUCAAGUUCCUCUUCACACCAGAUGUGAAUGAAUUGAUGAACCCCACGACAUGGCUAGAUGCAGGGGCCCAGGUUUUCUAUUCAUUCUCCCUAGCCUUUGGAGGUCUCAUCUCCUUUUCAAGCUACAACUCCAUUCACAACAACUGUGAACAAGACGCAGUUCUAAUCUCCAUCAUCAACGGCUGUACAUCAGUAUACUCAGCCACUGUUAUUUACUCCAUCAUUGGGUUCAGGGCCACACAGAACUUCGACGACUGCAUGUCAGACAAUAUAAUGAAAUUGACUAAUGCCUUUAACUUGCCUGAGAGCAACAUCACUGACACUAACUACGAUGAGACUCUGGGUUUCCUGAAUCAGACCAACCCUGCUUUAGUUGAAAGCUUGAACUUAGCCACUUGUGACAUGAAGUUUUUCCUCAGCCAGGGGGUGGAAGGAACAGGCCUGGCCUUUAUUGUAUUUACAGAAGCCAUCAUCCGGAUGCCAGUUUCACCUCUAUGGGCCGUGCUGUUCUUUGUCAUGCUCUUUUGCCUUGGUCUCUCCACUAUGUUCGGAAAUAUUGAGGGAGUGGUAGUCCCUCUGCAAGAUCUCAAUAUUCUCCCCAAAAGAUGGCCGAAAGAAGUCUUUUGUGGUUUGACCUGCCUCAUCUCAUUUGCACUUGGACUUAUUUUUGCAUUACGCUCUGGAAACUACUGGCUGGCACUGUUUGAUAAUUAUGCCGGCUCAAUUCCUCUGCUGGUCAUUGGCUUCUGUGAAAUGAUUGCAGUUAUCUACAUCUAUGGAAUAGACCGGUUUAAUAAGGACGUUCAGUUUAUGAUUGGCCACAAGCCCAACAUAUUCUGGCAAAUCGCAUGGAGAGUGGUGAGCCCCCUCAUCAUGGUCUUCAUUUUGGUCUUCUACUUUGUUACCCAAGUUACCAAAAGUGUCACCUAUCUGGUCUGGGACCCGGCCUCGGAGACAUUCCCAACUCUAGACAAACAACCCUAUCCUACAUUUGUGUAUGUUAUCAUAUUCAUCUUGGCUGGCAUUCCCAGUUUAAGCAUUCCGGCAUUUGCACUUUACAAAUUUAUCCAGAGGAAAUGCUGUAAGAACAGGGUCCACCAAAGUGACUCAGUGGACUCUAUUUCAGCUAAGGUUCAGAUGAAUGGGAAAAUGUGAAUCUAUAAUUUGUAACUAAGUAAGACGAAUGCAUGAGAUUGUUUGCGUAUUGUGCUGCUCUUUUCUUCUGUUAUAUCUAUUAUAACGUGUGUUUCUCUAUGAUUAUAAUUGCUCUAUUUGUGACAUACAGCAAUUGACUUGUACUUGUACACUGCAUGGCAUGAUUUAAGCCUAAUAUAACAAAAGUAUGAUGAGUAUGAAGUAAGAUUCAUGCCUGUUUUGUAAAAUUAUAUUACUGCUGUUUUGCCAUUAUGCCAUGUAAAAACAAGUAGACCCUUUCUAUAGAUACUGUACAGAAAGAAUGUGUUUAAUCAAACAAUAUUUAUUUAAUGAAUCAUUUGUGAUUAGUGAUUUUCCUAUCCCUGACUGUUAGAAGAUAUUUGCUGUAAAUGUUGUAUUGGUCGGUUAGAAGAUGUUUUGAAACUCAUUAAGAGUUAUUAUUAAAUUAAACAAUUCAA